UAUAUAUAUAUAUACGGAGAUAAAUACUAGACAAAAUGUUUGGUGUGAACUCGCAUUGCACAGCUUGUGGCCACAAAGUUGGAUCUCGCUUCAGGAAAGGCCAUUUAUAUGCAGAUGACGACUAUGACUACUUGUGUAAAGUGGUACUUAUAGGAGACUCAGGAGUAGGGAAAAGUAACCUGUUGUCCAGAUUUACUAGGAAUGAGUUCAACUUAGAAAGUAAAAGCACAAUUGGUGUGGAGUUUGCUACCAGGAGUAUACAAGUUGAUGGAAAAACGAUCAAAGCACAGAUCUGGGACACAGCUGGGCAGGAAAGAUACCGAGCCAUCACUAGCGCGUACUAUCGUGGAGCCGUAGGAGCAUUACUAGUCUAUGAUAUAGCUAAACACCUGACAUAUGAGAAUGUGGAGCGUUGGCUGAAGGAGCUGCGGGACCAUGCUGAUAACAACAUUGUCAUCAUGCUGGUGGGCAACAAGAGUGACUUGCGUCAUCUACGAGCUGUGCCUACUGAUGAGGCUAAGGCAUUCGCAGAAAAGAAUAACCUGUCUUUCAUAGAAACAUCAGCACUGGAUUCUACUAAUGUGGAAACAGCAUUUCAAAAUAUAUUAACAGAGAUUUACAAAAUAGUAUCCAUGAAACAGAUACGGGACAGUAAUGACGACGAUAACUCCCCCAGUAGUAAUGUACAGACAAUACAUGUGGCGCCUACAGACAAUUCUAUGCCUCGCCCACAAAAGUGUUGUAAUGUCAUUAGUUCUUUACACUACGAAGUCGUUAUGUCCGGUACGAAUACUUGCUGCACGCCCUGUGGCCAGAAGACGGGAUCUCGCUUUAACAAGAAGCGGACGACGUACGCCGAGGAUGACUACGAAUUCCUGAGUAAAGUGGUACUUAUAGGAGACUCUGGAGUAGGGAAAAGUAACCUGUUGUCCAGAUAUACAAGGAACGUGUUCAACUUGGACAGUAAAUAUACAAUUGGCGUGGAGGUCUCGACAAGGAGUAUCCAAGUUGAGGGAAAGACAAUGAAAACACAGAUUUGGGACACGGCUGGGCAGGAGAGAUUCCGGGCCAUCACUAACGCGUACUAUCGUGGAGCCGUAGGGGCGUUACUAGUCUAUGAUAUAACUAAACACCGGACGUAUGAGAACCUGGAACGCUGGCUGAAGGAGCUGCAGGACCAUGCCGGUAACAACAUUGUCAUCAUGCUGGUGGGCAACAAGAGUGACUUGCGUCAUCUUCGAACUGUGACUACAGUCGACGCCAAGACCUUCGCAGAAAAGAAUAACAUGUCUUUCAUAGAAACUUCAGCACUGGAUUCUACUAAUGUGGAAACAGCAUUCCAUACACUAUUAUCAGAGAUUUAUAAGAAAGUAUCCAUGAAACAGAUACGGGACAGUAAUGACGACGAUAACUCCCCCAGUAGUAAUGUACAGACAAUACAUGUGGCGCCUACAGACAAGUCUAUGCCUCGCCCACAAAAGUGUUGUAAUGUCUGAGACCGCUCCUUCACUGUGGUUAUUUAGCCACAAAAAGGGCACCAAACAUUCACUUAACUUUCCAAUCGAGUACAGAUGAGGGGAAUUAAAGGAGUCCAAGAUCUAGAUCAAGACAAGGUGCAGUCCGUCAGUUUCAUCUGGACAUGAUGUCUGCCAACUCGGGUUCGAAUGUCUGUAAGUCGGGUGUCGGGGCCAGAGGAAACUCGGACAAGAGGAUUCGCACUGAGUAUCACAGGAAUGCGGACGAGUUCAAGUGAAAAAUCUGGAAAUAUCGCAGUGUCAUUGUGGCAAGAUGAACAACAAGUUGUGAUAAGAGACAUGUAUAAAUAUGUCUCUUGAUAAAUUUAGCAACCGGAUGGUUAAAUAUUUAUUUCCUAAGACACACAGUGACACAUUCAUAUGUCCAAUUCGAUUAAAACCAGCCAUCUCGUUCCACUUCAUAACUGGUGGUAUCGUUUUGUGAGUUUUAUUAUCGAGAGUAACAUGUACAUUGUAUGAUAAUGUAUUGUAACUAGGAAUACGUUUGUGAGUUUUAUUUUCGAGAGUAACAUUGUAUGACAAUGUAUUGUAACUAGGGAUACGUUUGUGAGUUUUAUUUUCGAGAGUAACAUUGUAUGACAAUGUAUUGUAACUAGGAAUAUGUUUGUGAGUUUUAUUGUCGGGAGUAACAUUGUAUGACAAUGUAUAGUACUUAAUAUGUUUGUGAAUUUUAUUUUAGAGAGUAACAUUGUAUGACAAUGUAUUGUAAUUAGGAAUACGUUUUGUGAGUUUCAUUAUCGAGAGUAGCAUUGUAUGACAAUUUAUUGUAACUAGGAAUACGUUUGUGAGUUUUAUUUUCGAGAGUAACAUUGUAUGACAAUGUAUUGUAAUUAGGAAUACGUUUGUGAGUUUUAUUUUCGAGAGGAACAUUGUAUGACAAUGUAUUGAAACUAGAAAUACGUUUUAUUUUGAGAGUAGUAUUGUGAAAAUGUUUUAUUCUAACUAGAAUAUGUUUUGCUUGAGUUUUGCAUACUAGAACUUCGUAUUUAUUUCGUAACCUAAAUAUAUAUUUUAUAAUGCAAACCAAAUAAAUUAAACUAAAACAA